AUGGACAUGGAUACCGACAGAGCAGCACUGGCCAAUAGCAGUACUCGAACUAAAAGCACUAGUGCUGGCGUCCGAGUACUUCGACAAGCACAACUCCAUUGGCAAGACUUCACUCCUCUGGCUGACGGACUCCACGACUGCUCUUCAUGCUCUUCGAAAACGCAGGAGCCAAUCACGAUUGAUGAACGCACACCCCCGGCGACUGGUCUGGUAUUGUCACCAGAACCAAGUACUAAGGCCUGUAGCCCUGGGCUACAUGUCAGGACAAUGAAACCUCGCAGCAGAUAUGCUUUUGCGGGGGGGGGGGGGGGACGACUACUGCAGUACCAUUGGACAGUGACGUCAGAGGCCAUUCUGCAACUAUUCUGCAAAUGGCAGAUAGUACAGAACCCAGCCGACCAAAGAUAUCCGGACAGCUACUACUUGGGAAAGGCACAUCAAGCACACGUCAGCUUUGCCAACCCCUUUCACCCCAAAUGGGAUCAAACCCUCGAACUGCUAGCACCUCCGGAAACCAUGCUCGGCCAGAUACUACAAGAGCUAGACCGUCGACUACAACGAGCAGUCAUCAUCAUACCAAUUUGGUGGAAAGCCAUAUGUUGGCCGCACAUCGUCAGACACGGCCUCGACCUUACAAUCCUCGACGACGGG